AUGCCGAAGAAGGUGUCGUACAAGCUGAAGAUACGCAACACCAUCCUCGCGUCUCUCAACCGCGCCGACAAGUUCCUGCAGAACUUUGUGCUGGAAAAGCACGCCGAUCAGGUGCAGUCGCGGCUCGAUGCGGUCAACCAGGCCUGGGCGGAGUUCGAGGCGCUCCAGCUUGAGAUCGAGACCAUCGAGGAGGAGGACCUCAAGGAAGAGGAUGAUGCCACAGCCAUGGAGGAGGAACAUGAGCGAGUCCGAGAGCAGUUCGAGGGGUUGUACCACAAGGUAAGGGCAGGGUUGAAGUCGAGGUUGCCUUCUGGGGUUGCGUCUGGGUCCAGCGCAUGCGUUGCGCGUGCCGGCAUACAGUUGCCGAAGAUCACUUUGCCGAAGUUUAGUGGGGAGUACGAUGAGUGGUUGCCUUUCCACGACACUUUCAAGUCCCUCAUCCACGAAAACAUUGAUUUGACCGCGAUUCAGAAGUACCACUACUUGCGAGACUGUCUUACCGGUGAGGCCAAAAGGAUGAUCAACUCGAGUGAGUUCAGCGCGAAGAGCUACCAGGUGGUCUGGGACUUGUUGGUCAAGCGACAUGCAAACAAGUAUCUCCAGAAGAAGCGCUAUGUCAACGGGUUGCUUCAGUUUCCGCGAGUGAAAGGGGUGUCGUCGAGUAGCAUCCACGACGUGGUGGAUCACUUCAGCCGCUGUACGCAGAUUCUGGACCAGUUGGGCGAAGUGACCGGUGGCUGGGGCGUGAUGCUGACGCAGUUGUUGGUGUCGAAGCUGGAUGACGUGACGCAGAAGGAAUGGGAGGCGUUGGCAGCCAAGAAGGAGGACCCGCAGUUCACCGACGUGAUAGCGUUCCUGGAGGAGCGGACGAAGGUCUUGGAUGCGGUCGCAGUUGAUCAGCUGUUGGGCAAUCAGCGUGGUUCUCCCUCCGUGUCUUCGGUUCCAACAGCCCAGCCCAAGAAAUCGUUCCCGAAGCUGACAGUGAACGCCGCUUCCGACUCUUCCUCUCCAAAGUGCAGGAUGUGUAGCGGCCCACACUCGCUUUCGAGCUGUUCGGACUUCAAGAAGUUGUCACUGGAUGGUCGUAACAGGCUGGUGUUGUCGAAGAGGCUCUGCAGAAAUUGUCUGUGGGGUGGCCAUUUCGUGAGGGACUGCAAUGUCAGAAGUCGCUGCUCCAAUUGCAGCGAGAAGCACAACACAUUGCUGCAUCCUGUUGGUAGGCUUGGUUCCGGUUCCACUCCGAACGCUGCGGUAACGGGAGAUUCACAGGAGGGUGGUUCGCGUUCCUUGAUGGCGCCGGCAGUUCAACCGCAAGCGGUGACGAGUUCGGUGGCCACAAUUUACGCUGCAAAUGUGGCAGCGGAGUCUCGGAAGGUCCACGUGUUCCUGUCGACGGUGCUCGUGGCGGUGAAGGAUUGCCAUGGCCGGUUGCACACCGCAAGAGCGUUGCUCGAUAGCGGGUCGCAGGCGAAUCUGAUCAGUGAGCGACUGUGUCAGAUCUUGAGAUUGCCGCGGAAGAAGGUGAGCGUGCCAAUCUCCGGCGUCGGAAGUUCCCGUAUGCAGGUUGAUAACUCGGUGUCGGCGAUUGUAUCCUCGCGUGUCACCAACUAUACGGUCCCGAUGGAGUGUCUGGUGCUGAAGAAGGUGACGGAGGACCAGCCGUCGGCCACAAUUCCGAUCGACCAGUGGAACUUGCCCUCUGACAUGGUGUUGGCGGAUCCCGGAUUCCACAAGCGGGCUCCAAUCGAUUUGCUGCUGGGGCUGGAGUUCUUCUACGAGUUUCUGUUGCUGAAUGGUGGCCGGGUGCAGAUCCAGCGGCCGGGAGAAGGUCUUCCGCUGUUCGUGAACACGGUCUUCGGUUGGAUAGCUGCGGGAAAGACCGAUCUGGGGAGUCUAAACCCCGUCCCGAGCUGUCACGUCUCCGUCAAUGCGACCCUGGAGGAGAAGAUCGAGCGUUUUUGGACGAUUGAGGAGCUGCAGGAGGCACCGAAGCGGUCGCAAGAGGAACAGGACUGUGAGGAGCAUUUUCAGGCCACGUUUUCACGCGACGUCACGGGUCGAUACGUGGUGCGACUUCCGAAGCGCAUGGGUUUCGAGAAGAUGGUCGGCGAAUCGCGAAAUUCGGCGGUGCGGCGGCUGAUGCAGUUGGAGCGGAGGCUGGGCAAGGACGAAAGCUUGCGAAAGCGGUACAACGAGGCGAUUCAGGCGUACUUGGAUCAGGACCACAUGAAGGUUGUUUCGGAGGAGGAGCUGAAGAGCGACAAGCGGCUCGAAUGCUACCUGCCUCACCAUCCGGUCUUCAAGGAGUCCAGCACGACGACGAAGAUCCGGCCCGUGUUCGAUGGUUCUGCCAAGACGACGUCGAAUUUCUCACUGAACGAGGCGCUGAUGGUUGGUCCGGUUCUCCAGGACCCGUUGUUCGAUUUGGUGUUGCGCUUUCGGAAGAAGCAGGUAGCUCUGGUUGCGGACAUCGAGAAGAUGUACCUGCAGGUUAAGGUCCAUCCGGACGAUACCCCUCUGCAGCGGAUUCUGUGGAGGCCUUCGCCGUCGGAGCCAAUAAGGACGUACGAGAUGCUACGGGUGACGUUUGGGUUGGCCCCAUCGUCAUACCUUGCCACGCGCUGUAUGCAGCAGUUGGCGCAGGACGAAGGAGAGGUGUAUUCACGUGCGAAGGAAGCACUGUUGCGUGACUUCUACGUGGACGAUUUCAUCGGCGGAGCGGACUCCGAAGAAGAAGCGCUUCUGUUGCGGCAGGAGCUGGAGCAGCUGUUGCCGAAAGGUGGAUUUAGGCUGCGCAAGUGGGUGUCAAACGCCACAGGGGCGUUGGCAGGGCUGGCUGCGGACGAUUUGGGCACGCAGACCACGCUCAGUUUCGACCAGGAGCAGGUGAAGACGUUGGGAAUAAACUGGCAGCCAGGGCCAGACGUUCUCGGCAUCGAUGUCACGGUUGCCGGAGUUGUCGAAGAUUUCGGUCGACAGGUGCGCUUUCGUGGAAAAUCCGGUCCAUGUCGAGUUUCACGUGUUCGCGGAUGCGUCGAAGCGGCCUACGGAGCGUGCAUCUACGCUCGAUCGAUCAGCCAGUCGGGGCUGGUCAAAAUUUCGCUGUUGGCGGCCAAGUCGCGCCCCGCAGGGUUGAAAAAGGUCACCCUGGCGAGGUUGGAGCUGUGUGCAGCUUUGAUGGCAGCAAGGUUGUACCGGAAGGUCGUGCAAGCCCUCAAGAUAGAGGGCACGGAGAGUUGGUUCUGGUCGGACUCGACAGUCGUGCUGGCGUGGCUGAGGUCACCGUCGUACGUGUGGCCCACGUUCGUUGCGAACCGAGUCUCGCACAUCCAGGAGUUGACAAAAGGGCAUCGCUGGAACCACGUCAAGGGGACUGAAAACCCAGCGGAUCUCGUUUCCCGUGGAGUCAUGCCGAAAGAUCUCGUUGGAUUGCGGCUGUGGUUCUAUGGUCCGAAGUGGUUGGAGUCCUUCGAGGAGUACUGGAGCAGAGUGAAGCAUUUGGAGGUCGACGAGCCUGCUGAAGAGUUGCUGGAGAAGAAGAAGAACGUGCUGAUCGUGUCUGCUUCCCCAGAACCUCACCCGCUCAUCGAUCGCUACGGCAGUUACUGGAAGCUGCUGAGGAUUACGGCGUACUGCGUGAGGUUUGUCCGGAGAUGUCAGCGUCGCAAGCAGCCCCCUAGAACCCCAUUUCUCACCGUUGGAGAUUUGAAGGAGGCAAAGUUCGCGCUCGUGCGCGGCGUGCAGCAGGAACCCUUCACCGCGGAGAUCAAGGCGCUCGCAAACCACCGACUCGUUCCGGCUCACUCGUCGCUGAAGCUGCUCAACCCGUUUCUCGACCAGCAGGGCAUUCUGCGCGUUGGUGGCCGGCUUGGACUCGCAGGCGAAGCGUACUCUACCCGACACCCCAUGAUCCUUCCCAGCAGUAACGUUUUCACGCGACAAAUGGCGGUCGCGUACCACGAAACCUCACUCCACUCUGGCCCCCGUAUGACACUCGCUCAGAUUCGGCACGAAUUCUGGCCGUUGAACGGCAAACAAUUGGCGAACUACACCUUUCGCAACUGUGUGCGCUGUUUCCGUACCAACCCUGCCCCUGUAAAGCAACCCCCUGGUCAACUCCCAAAACCUCGAACAACCCCCUCUCGCGCAUUUACCGUCACCGGCGUAGACUAUUGUGGCCCUGUCUACCUGAAGCCCGUACACCGUCGAGCAGCUGCGCAGAAGGCGUACAUCGCGGUCUUCGUGUGCUUCAGCACGAAAGCGGUCCACCUGGAGCUGGUGGGGGACUUGACCACCGCUGCGUUUCUUGCUGCCCUGCGUCGUUUUGUUUCUCGCCGAGGUCUACCGUCCGAGAUCCACUCGGACAACGGUCUCAACUUCCAGGGAGCAAGCAACCACCUGCGCGAGCUGUACGAGCUGCUUCGAGACACCAAGGUGAUCACGGAGAUCACCAGCGAAGCGUCACGUCGUGGGAUCGAGUGGAAAUUCAUUCCACCGAGAGCGCCGAACUUCGGCGGCCUAUGGGAGGCGGCCGUGAAGUCGGCCAAGACGUCGCUCGUCCGUGUGCUGGGUCAACGACAACUUUCCUUCGAGGACAUGGCGACCGUCCUCACCCAGAUCGAAGCGGCCAUGAAUUCGCGCCCGCUUACCCCGUUGUCGGAGGACCCGGACGAACUGGACGUGCUCACGCCCGGGCACUUUCUCGCCGGAUCGUCGCUGCUAGCGAUUCCGGAUCCGGACUACACGGACGUUCCCACGAACCGGCUGCAACACUACCAGCAACUGCAACAGUUGGUACAGCAACACUGGAAGCGGUGGAGGCGGGAGUACAUCUCGCAGCUCCACAACCAGAACCAGAAAUUCCCGCAAGCGACCCAGCUGAAGGCUGGACAGAUGGUGAUCCUCAAGGAGGACAACAAGGCGGCAAUCGAGUGGCCCCUCGCGCGGAUCGUUGAGGUCUACCCAGGCCCCGACGGCGUCGUCCGCGUCGUGAAGCUGCGUUUGCCGAACGGUGCGGUCUACAAGCGGCAGUCCGCACGUAUCUGUUUGCUGCCGUUCGAGAAGGCCUCGGCGGUGCAGCUCACGAACACCUUCAACCCUCAACCGACACAAGGCGCAGCGUAG